AUGCAGUCCAAAGUGUGCGUUCUCCUGCUGGCAGCUCUGGUGUCAUCGGUGGCAUCUGCCCCGGAAAAAUCGAGCCGAGUCAUCAACCCUUACGUGGACAUGAAGGUUACCCGAGACUUCUGGGGAGCUUGGCGUUACUGCGAAAGCCAGGGCAUGCAAAUGCCAACCAUCACCUCGGAUGUGGACUUCAACAACUACCGAUUGGCAAUUUCUGCGGAUAUGAACGGAAACUGGUGGAUUGGAGCCGUGGAUUUUGGAGCAUCUCCGGGUUCGUUCGUUUGGAUCACCAAUGGCAAGGGAGUCUCCAGCCCAAGUGGUUACACCAACUGGUAUCCGAAUGAGCCGAACAAUCUGAAUGGAGUCGAACGCUGCAUGGAGUUGAGGACACAGUUCUGGAAUGAUGCUGACUGCUCACUGCAGAGAAAUGUCGUCUGCCAACAGAAAACUACUUGUUAA